AAAGUCGUGAUAAUAUUUUUAUCGAUUUAUGUGUUUAAAACAAACAAUUGUCAAUGAACUGAAUAUAAAAAACCUUAAACAAACAUUGUGUUUAAUUAUUCGAUUUUUAAAAUAUAUGUGAAAGACUAAAACAAACAAAAAAUUAAUUAAUCAUGUGUGAUGCCGCUCGAGCUCUCUUGGACGAACUUAUGGGAAGGAAUCGAAACGCCGAUCCUACAGAAAAGAGGAAAGAAUUAAAUUGGGAGGACCCCGAGUACUGCAAAUACUUCAUAGUCCGUUUCUGCCCCCACGACCUCUUCACAAACACCCGUGCAGAUUUAGGGCUCUGCCCCAAAAUCCACGACGAAGAAGCCAAAAAACUCUACAAAAACGCUAAACCAAGCCACAGAAAAACCUUCUACGAAGACGAAUUUCUCAGGUUCUGUCAAAACAUGAUCGGGGACGUUGAUCGCAAGAUUGUCAAAGGCAGACAAAGAUUGGCUCUCAUGAAUAAAUCCGAUGGUGAAAAGAUCACCCCGGCACAAACUAAACGCAAUCAGGAUCAGAUCAAUAUGUUGACCGAUAAGAUUGCACAGUUGGUGAGGGAGGCUGAAGCGGCAGGCACGAGAGGUGAUGUUGAACAGGCGCAGGGGCUUAUGAAGCUUUGCGAUACGCUAAAGGAGGAAAAAGAAGGGCUGUUGAAUCAGAAUGAUAAUAGCCAUUGGAGUAUGACAGCAGAGUUAGCGGCUGCACAAGAAAAACAAAUGGAAGUGUGCACUAUUUGUGGGGCCUUUUUGAUUGUCGGAGAUGCCCAGCAGAGGAUCGAUGACCACUUAAUGGGAAAACAACAUUUGGGGUAUGCUCGCCUUCGUGAAGCUGUUGAAGAAUUGACUGAGGAGCGUAAAAAGGAGCGAGAGUCUUUAAGAGAGAAAGAAGAGAGAGAAGAAACGAGACGAAGAAAAGGACACAAGAAGGCGAAAGGAAAAGGAGAGUGUUUUAGUUGGAGCCUUGUUUUGGGAUUAAUUUUAUUGUGUUUAUUAUUUAGGUCUGAUAGAGAUGACAAGAAAAGGAAUAAUCGUGAGAAGCGGGAUGACUAUGAGAGAGAGAGAGACAGGAGUCGGAGAGAUUACAAGUCUGAACGAAGUUCAUCCCAUCGAGAGCGCCAUAGAAGUCGCAGCAAAACACGUCACCACUCUAAGGAUUGGGGGAGUAAGACUUUUGGUGCCAGCUUUCGUUUUAAUAAUCCAACAGGAUAUGCUCGGCUUCGUGAAGCUGUUGAAGAAUUGACUGAGGAGCGUAAAAAGGAGCGAGAGUCUCUAAGAGAGAAGAAAGAGAGAGAAGGAAACGAGAUGAGGAAAAGGACACAAGAAGGCGAAAGGAAAGAGAGGUCUAGAGAGAAGGAGAGAGAUGAUAGGAAAAGAGACAGAGAUGACAAGAAAAGGAAUAAUCGUGAGAAGCGUGAUGACUACGAGAGAGAGAGGGACAGGAGUAGGAGAGAUUACAAGUCUGAACGAAGUUCAUCCCAUCGAGAGCGUCAUAGAAGUCGCAGCAAAACACGUCACCACUAA